GCUCACUUGACUACAGGUCUGAGAGGAGUGACUGCGGCGACCACAAUUUAGACAACAUGGGAGACGCUGUGGAAUUUAUUCUAAAGGGAUUUUAAGAAGCGACGCAAAGAUGGCUGAGAGGUUGGAGUGGGUGGAGAUUAUCGAGCCGCGCACUCGGGAGCGCAUGUAUGCCAACCUGUUGACAGGUGAGUGCGUGUGGGACCCUCCACAAGGUGUGCGAAUCAAGAGGACUGGAGAGAACCAGUGGUGGGAGCUGUUCGAUCCCAACACUUCACGCUUCUACUACUACAAUGCUUCCACCCAGCGAACCGUGUGGCAUCGGCCUCAGGGCUGUGAUAUCAUCCCUUUGGCCAAGUUGCAGACACUGAAGCAGCACACUGAUAACACCAUUCCUCGACCUGCUAGCGGCGGAGGAAAAGCAUCAGCUGACAAUAGUCCUGGAAGAAACAGUGGUGUCAGCAGGGAGGGAAGUACAUCCUCUUCUCUGGACCAAGAAUUGUCAGAAAAGCAGAGCAGUAAAGAGGAAGCAGACAGGACGUCCCCCUUCAGGUGGAACACGGGUACUAAAGAGCGAAUGCUGAUCAAGGUGACAGACAGAGAGCCCAGCUUCUUGGCCCACCAGGGAAAUGGCUACUCCCCUUGUGAUCCUCCAACACCUGGAGCUCUCUCCGGAGGGGGCACUACUUCACGAACUCGCCGCUCUUCAGGGAGCAACCCUCCUUCUGAGGCAGAUGGCUCCCCUGUCCUCUAUGCAGACCGCCGUCAGUCUCCCUAUCUGAAGCGGGCUGAACUUGGUGGCACCGGUACCAAUCGUCGCUUAUCAGCAGACUCCCAACCGCCCUCGCCACGCUACGCCUACGAGCCCCCGCUGUAUGAGGAACCGCCAUCGGAUUACCAGGCCCCUCCCAUCUACGAAGAGCCCCCAAGUGACAUGCACCUUUCUGACUCUUCCUUCUAUGGCAAGUCACCUGCUCGAAAGUCCUCAGGCCCCCUAUAUCACUCGCCAAAGCAGAGCCAGUCACCCUAUGGGCAGCUGGUCCUGACCCGGCAGAAGUGUCCAGAUAAGACCCAAAGUCUGGAGUACAGUCCAGUGGGAAAGGAAUACGUCAAGCAGCUCGUGUACGUCGAGCAGUCGUCUUCAAGCCCCCGCUUCAAGACUGCUGACAGGCUGCUCCGUUACGGCACCACAGGAGGCUACGGGGGCUCAUAUGGGGGCUCCUACACUCUGCAGCACAGCCAGUCUCUGAUUCGGGACCCUCGCUUGCUCCUGGACUACACUGGGGAAGGCGGCGAGGGGGGUCAGAGGUUGCUUUAUGAGGACUCUAUUUCCUGGACGAGCCAAACUCACACGUUGUCCAACCCUGGUGCUUUCUCUCCUGGAGGUAAUCGCAAACGUAAGAACCGCAAGCCAUCACUGCCUCAGGAGCUGGCUCGCUGUGGGGGCCUCGAGGGAGAGUUCGGUGGCACCGCCUCUGAGGCCAUGCUGGCCCAGGCCCGGCUGGCGUGGGAGGCACAGCAGGUGAUGAAACAGAGGAGCAGUUGGGAUUCAGGGCAAGGAGGAGGUACGCAGGGAAGCGCCUCCAAAGAUGGGUACGAAAGUGACGGUGCAGUGCCCCUGCCGUUACCGGGGCCUGUCCAGAGGGCCUUCAGCGAGGACGAGGCCCUGGCUCAGAGCGACGGACACCACUGGAAGCGCAGCACAUUUGACCGGCUGGGCUUCCCUCAGGCUCUUCUGGAGAAAAGCCUGUCGGUCCAAACUAGCCUGGCCUCCCCAGAACCAUACCUGCACCCCUCCCAGUCCGAAGACCUUGGAGCCUGCGCACAGUUCGAGGCAAGCAGAAAUGCCAGGAACAUGAUGCCGAGCGCCAGCUGUGGCAUUUUCACAGAGUUCUCCCUGAGGAAGCCGUCGUCUGAGACCGACAUAGAGAACUGGGCGUCGAAGCACUUCAACAAACACACACAGGGGUUGUUCAGAAGGAAGGUGUCCAUUGCCAACAUGCUUGCGUGGAGCAGUGAGCCCAUCAAAAAGCCCAUGAUCAACACCUCCGACCGUGCGGUGAAGAAGGAGGCUGUGGACAUUUUCAAGCUCAUCCAGACCUACAUGGGGGACCGUCGCUCCAAGGCUGACCCACUGUCGGUGGCUCUGGAGAUCGUGGUGCGAGGAUGGAGCCACCAGGGUCUGCGUGACGAACUCUACAUCCAGCUGUGUCGUCAGACCACCGAGAACUUCCGCUACGACAGCCUGGAGCGAGGCUGGGAGCUGAUGGCCAUCUGCCUGGCCUUCUUUCCCCCGACGCCACGCUUCCACAACUACCUGGAGGGUUACAUCUGCAGACACAUGGACCCCCUCAACGACACCAAGGGGGUGGCCAUCAGCAGCUAUGCCAAAUACUGCUACAGGAAGCUGACCAAAGCUGCUCUGACUGGUGCCAAGAAGGGUCUCCAGAAACCUUGUCUAGAAGAGAUCUGCCAUGCCAGGAACGCCAUCUUCAGCCCCUCCAUGUUUGGCUCAUCUCUGGAGGAGGUGAUGGCUCUGCAGAAGGAGCGCUACCCAGACCACCAGCUGCCCUGGGUGCAGACCCGCCUCUCUGAAGAGGUCCUGGGUCUGAACGGGGACCAGACUGAAGGCAUCUUUAGGGUGCCAGGAGACAUAGAUGAAGUGAAUGCGCUGAAAUUGCAAGUGGAUCAGUGGAAAAUCCCCACUGGGCUGGAGGACCCGCACAUCCCAGCAUCUCUGCUGAAGCUUUGGUACCGGGAGCUGGAGGAGCCGCUGAUCCCUCACGAGUUCUACGAAGAGUGCAUAAAUCACUAUGACAACCCAGAGGCAGCCGUGAACGUGGUGCUGGGUCUGCCCCACAUCAACAAACUGGUGCUCUGCUACCUCAUCCGCUUCCUACAGGUGUUUGCCCAGCCCACCAACGUGACCAUCACAAAGAUGGACGUCAACAACCUGGCCAUGGUGAUGGCGCCCAACUGCCUGCGCUGCCAGUCGGACGACCCCAGGGUGAUCUUCGAGAACACCCGCAAGGAGAUGUCCUUCAUCCGGGUGCUCAUCCAGCGGCUGGACACCAGCUUCAUGGACGGGAUCCUAUAGCCCCUCCACUGCACUCAUGUAUAAACACACACACACAGUCCAGCACCUGCUGCGUGACACGUUUCAUCUGCUGCUGCUGCCUUGAUUUCAGUUCACUGCACAUCUCCAGCUGUUUUAUAGACGCUUUGUUUCCAACACACAACACACAGCACAUGAAGUGCUGAAGUAUUCAGACGGUACUACGUGUGCCUUCAGACACACACACACACACACAAAAAACACAGGACUUUGCAGGGAUCUCCUCAAUUCACUGGAUCCACAUUUGACUCACACUUCUUUCAUUGUGAAAACACACGUCUCGUAGGGUACAAUCACGUAUAGAAGACAGAAACAAAACUACUGAAGAUGUAUUUAUUGAAGUCGACACACAAACCUCCUGCCGUAGAUGUUAAAGUCUCACACUCGCUCAGGCUCAGCAUCAGGUUGUUCAACAAGAAAUGGUCAGCGUUACGACACUGCACUGAACGUUAACUUGGUCUCGGGUGAGGAGGACACGGUCACUGGAACACAGAGCCACAACUUUUCGCCCAAAACAAGCUGGGCUCGACUGGCCAAGAGACGAAAUGAACCCAGAAGAACAGAGCACUUUUUCAUAGAAAACUCCCUCUAAACGGUUUGAUCUGAACCAACCAAACAACACAGCAACUUGAACCAGUCAUGUCAGAGAGACUGGGGAACAGAAUGGAACGCUGGAGGACUCCCCUCUCUGAGGAGGCACUGUUGAGCUUCUGGUGUCCAAGUCCACUCACCUGACGUCCUCCAUCAGGAACAUGUAGAACACAGCUGGUCCCGCGACAGCCAACCAUUCACCUAGAAGCAGAGGGAUCCGAUGACAUCACUGCCAACAACACUGCUGCCCCCCGCUCACCUUCACAGCCCCAGGCCUUUCUGCUCACUAAUGAUUGUGAAUGUGCCCCCCAGUCUCGUGUCCCGCGUCCCAUCAGAGAAUCCCCUGUUGUUGGUUUGAGAUUUGACGUAUUUAACAGAAUGUUUUUUAACUGAUUCUUUUGUAUGAUUUAAUUUAUUUCUAUUUAUUUGGGAUUAAUGCCUUGUUGAGA